AUGCAGAAGGCACUUUUUUAUCUAGUGAUUAAGGCUAAAGACCGCUUUUUCGGAGAUUACUUCAGCAUUAAGGUCGCCAUCUUUGCAUUUACGGAUUUUCUUCAGGUCCUUUUUGAUCUCUUCAUUGGCUGGCCUCACGUUCAUCAAGAUGAAAUUGACAGGAGGCUUCUGGAGGAACGGUUGGAGUUUUCAACAAGUGACCUUACAGUGAAAUCUACUAAUAGACAAAUUCUGGAAUCCUUCUGGAAUUACGUUGAACGGGUGUCGUAUUUACCUGAGGAUAUAAAUUUGGCAGAAGAAGAGGGCCAGGCGCCAAUGCCGCCUUUCACGUUUGUCACGCCCUCCAAGCUCCCCAUUGACCUCCGGCUCUACGACAACCAGCUGCUCGAGCGUUGUCUUGUCGUCAUAAAUCAGCUGCGACGAGAGGUCCACGAGGGUUGGUUUGACGGAUUCAAAAGCACUCUAUGUGCAAGCCUAAAAAGUAAGGCGGCAAAUCUAGAAUUUCACAUUCACAUUACAAAGAAAAAAGGAUGCUUUGCCGUGGAUAUCCGAGAUAUUAGUGAUAGACAUGCCAACAUUAUUUACGGUUUCACUGAAAGAAAAAACGGAUUGAUUAGCGUAUAUACAAUAGAGUGCCCGAUAAUCUAUGCCCGCGGUCUUAGGGAAUAUGCAACGCGCCUAUUUAAAGCCAUCCGGGACAGCGAGGCUAUUCAAGCAAUCAGUCCAACAAUUGGCGAGGCUCUCAUCCAGCAGGCCACCUUCAGCCUGGCAGUGGCGGAAUCGAAGGCGAGCCUCUCCGCGUCCUGGUUGGCCCACAAAGCUGCCGCGGAGUUGCGAAUGAAAAAAACCCACCCCAUUCUUUGGAGCAUUCCGCAGUGGCGAAAACAACACAUGGUGAAAGCCAAAACAGCAUUUAUGAAGGAGCACAGGCUUGAUGUUCACAAAUCAGUUAUUGCAAAAUGCAAGGAACUCGGUCUCUAUCAAUACCUACAUUUUGUGAAACGAGAUUUACUCUUCUUUACCGAGCGAGAGAACCGAAUCCGUGAAGAGCUUAUCAAAACGGCCGUGAUUCCGGACAACCGGUUCACCCACCAAGUGCCCUGCAAGCUGAUGAGCCACUGGCGUGUCCACUGCCGCGAUCCCGUCUUCCCCCAUCGCCUCGAACGCGUCGACACGGUCCUUCUGAUUGAAUCGCCGUCCACUGAGCCACCUACGUGGCGAGCCAGCGUGGAAUCGGGCACAGCAAAGAAACUGGCAAUUGACCUGCCAGAGCACUCGCUACCGGCCACCGACAAUCCACCGGGAGAUUUUAGCAAAGGCUACUUGCAUUACACAACUGCCGAAAGGAACCAUACCGUUCGAAGUCAACUCAGUCGCCUAUGGGCGUCGGUUCGAACCAUUGCAGAUACCAUGCAGCUUCAACGUCGGGGGAUAGUCUCGUCCAUUCAAUACGCCUGUCUCUUAUUCGGGGCUGGUAUCCUGUCGAUUUUCUUUGUGCUCCUCAUGGUGCCAGUUUGUAUAUCACUUUCUACUCUGUCAGUGUGCCUUGGAGUUUCCGCUAUCGUGCUGAUUCCAUUUGUCAGCAUUGUGUUUCACGUGCUCGGUGUGAUUCUGUGGGAUCCAUACAAACCAGGUAGGCUAACUUUUCAACUUUUAUGCAACACGGUGAGGCUCCUUGAGUGCUCUGGCGCACGCAAUUUCCUUUUAGCCACACAUCCAAACCGUUUGCUUCCAAUUUUUGAAGUCGUCGUCUGGCAUCUUGGGAUUCGAUGCAUUAUCCAACUAACUGCGGCUCUACUUACCGGCUUUGUGGUUUUUCCCCUUGUCGCGUUGGCGACGGCAACUUUUGGGUUAUUGCGAUGGUGCUUCCGCUCUGCAUGGGACGCCCUCGUAUACCACCUCUGCUUAAAAUUUUGCAUCCGAAUUCCUUCCGAGGACUCCUGUAUCCUUCAAAGACGUGCAGGACCUGGUCUCUCACCUUCUCAGUUUUAUAAGGCUCGAUUGGCGGAUGCUUGUGUCAUUUUGGCUAGUCAGCUAGAAACAUUGGAGCUCGAUGAAUGGAAGCUACAAAUGCAAGAAAUCGCCCGUGAACCCAUAAUGGCGUACAAAACAUUGGCCGAGAGCCUUGCAUGGCUUUCACUGUCACCAGUCGACAAAGGAAUUUUUAGUAAACUUCGUAGUCAGACAAAAUCCUGGCUAGAUGAUGUUGAGGCUAAAGCGAACCAACGGAGAGAGGCACUUCAGCCGAUGUUCCCUCAGUGUCAAGCGAGUCGAAUAAAGCUCUCUGCAGUCGAGCUACAGAGAUUUGUCGUUGUUGGGGCCACACAAACCCAGAGGUUCUAUGAAGCUCGAAUCCUUCCCAGGUUACAGCUGCUUAAUCGCAACUCUGAUGAAUGGUGGUCGAGUCGAGGUCUUUCGACAAACGACUUUCCUGAACUCUGCACGAGACUGAUGAAGAGAGUUUUGGGUGAACAAUUUCUAACAAGCCUGAAGGCGACAGACACGGCAUUCCCACUACUUGUGAGUUCAUUUGAUGCAUCGGUCCGUAAAAAGGAUGUUGUAAGCCGGUUUGUCCCAGUUGUUCUACCAACACCGCUUGUCACCCACCGAGUUUCACCAGCAGUUGAACGGCCUAUCAAAGAAGUCAACAAAGAGACUUGUAUGGCGGUGCCUUCUACAACUGGAGGGCAAUCAGGAAUAAAUAAGGGUGCAUCGUCCAGUCGCUGCAAUUCACACUUCAACGAGCAGCCUUCUGUCGAUGUUGGCCUUGAUGAGAGCGACCUGGAGAGCUUUUCUGAGGAUUCAAAAUGUCAAACAAUGAUUUUAGCCAAAAGCGUUCAGUCAGACACAGGAGCUCCUGCUGAAGACACAAGCUCUGUGGGAUCGGUGGUUUACACCCACAUCGAGUUACCCCUGUUUCCUCUGUCAGCUUUUGUUCCAAAUGCUCUACAGGAAACUGCCACAUCGAAGCCUCCAAGUUGGGAAUCUGUAUGGCCAAGAGUUAAGAUGGAUGCCUCAUCCCAGGGUGCCGCUGGUAACAAUCACCGACAAACGGAAGGCAUCAGAACACUUCUCAGAAAGGAGCGAUUCCAAACCCCCAGUACUCUCCCUCUGCUCCAAACAAACCCCUUCGCCACCCACGUUCGGUGGACCUCUUUCGGUCACCGUAUGAUAGAAACCCUAAGAACGUGCUUUCUGCGGACCUUUACAAAAAACUGGAGGCUAGACAAAUUCCCGAAAGCGCAUAAAGAAUUGCCAAUUGAUAGUGUAAUUGAGAACAUCGGCAGGCUUAUGCAUCCCGUGGGGAUUGCCUUGACGAUGCACUCAAGAAUUCUUGAAGAGCGCAAAAUAAAUCUGAACCACCCCCUUCUUGCGGCACAUAUCGCGAAUUUAACUGCCUUUCCUCCGCCACUUGUGGAGUCCAUUAAACCACGCGCCACCGCUCCUCAUGUAGCCCACCAACAGGCCCACACGCUGGAGUUUGUGGUUGCACAACUAACCUCAAGCAGCGGCGUCUCAGCCACUGUUGGUCCCCGAACAUCGCGGACUUACGAAAGUCACUUCGGGCAAGUGAAACCUGAAAGCCCUCGAAAUCGGAGGGACUGGGACGAAUUCAACCUUGCUAACUGGUGGGAUGUUGAAACUCGUAGGGGGCGACAUUACUUGGACGCGACGGGGCCUAUUGGGGACUUUUACUCUACAGUGACGGACACGACGACCUCGGUUUAUGAAGAAACAGAAGAGCUAGAUGAGGACGAUGAUGAGGAAAUUAAUCCCCUUUUAGAGAGCGCUGUAUUCAUACGUGAACCAAUAGUCGAGACAGGUGGCAGUGUCUUUCCGGAGUAUGGAAAUCAUCCAAAGACAUCAGAAUGCUUUCAAUUAGUCACUAUCAAUGGAAAUGGGCAAAAAGGAUGUAAGUGUCCAUAG